AUGGCGAACUGGAAGGAAACUGGUUAUGUGGCCGCCUCCGACGGCGACGUUUCUGACGGCGAAAUAUCCACCCAGGAGGAGUUAUUGGGAUCGCCGGAGCCCGAGAAAAUUACGGAACUUAAGGACGAAGACCGGGCAAAUGGAAGUGCUAGAAUUGAGACCGGAAAAAUACAGGAUGAAGCUGAAGGGGGCGUGGAAGAGAGGGAUAUGGCAUUGAAUGAUGAUGCAACGGGGGGUGGUCUACCUGGACCUUCAAGCAGAAUCGGCGAGGUUGGAAAAGGUAUAUCGGGAAUUGGCCAGAGCAGUCAACAUGAGGAGCUGGAGCCAUCUGAAGAAGUCCGUGAGAUUGGGAAGGAAUUUGAAUCACAACCCGAGCUCGGAUAUGUCGAUAAGAGAAAGGAAUGGGAUGAAGUUUCGGUUGUGGACUUGUCCGCUCCGGAUUUGGAGGAGCACGAUGAGUCCCCCGUGCGAGCUAGAGCAAUGGAUUGCGGAGAAGACGAAGUUAUGCUCAACUUAGACAACCAUGAGGAGAAUCAGGUCAAUCGCCCGAUAAGCUCUUCGCCUGAUCCGGUGACUGGGGAGGGACAACAUAGUUUUAAUAGUCGAGUGGUGUGUUACUCUCUACCCCCGGAUAGAUUGCGCAUUGCUGACAAUAACUAGAGGCACGCUACUCCUCAACCAAGAACGCCCCCGAACCCAAGCAGGGGUGACUCGACGGCUGCAUCUUCUCCUCUAUCAUCGCCGCCUUCUGUUGUGCUAACGCCGCCCUCGAUCAUUGCUGCACGAACUCCACCCCGCCGUGUUGGUUUCUCGGUUGUCAUUCCUGUGGCAGGGGGAAGGAGGGAAGAAGUAGUAAUACCUCCGGAUGAUGAUGCACCACAGUAUUACCGAAGCCUCCGUGCACGCAAGCCAAUCCAGAAGAAUCCAUAUCUGAUAGAGCAAGAACGAUACCGCCAGACACUAAAGGCUCGAGGUGUCCGACCAGUACGAAUUAGUGAGGUUGAAGAGGAAACAAAUGGAGGGCUUGGUGCAGAUGAGGACUCCCAAGAGCGCGACUAUGUAGCGCCCCCGGAACCGGAGAAUGACGAAAGUCAGUUCGUGUCGGUGCCAUCCUGCGGUAGGGAUGGAUCCGGAGGACAGGGUGAUACGCCGGUAGAUAUUUAUGACUUUGAGGAGUUCCCUGAUGCUGCGAGCGCUUUAUGGGAGAGGCCUAGGCCUAAUAGUGCAUUGGCAGAUGGCGUGAAGCGGCGCAAAGUAAACCAUACAUAUUCAAAACGCCCGUAUGCAAAUACUGCCGGACCUCAGCUGAGUGCAGGUCAAAGUGCCGGGAAUGCUCGUUUAACCCCCUCCAGCAUCCGGGAAGAAGUCGAUGAAAACGGAAGAGACGUAUAUGAGUUGCCUGAGGACUCGCCCCAGAGACAAUCUCGAACACCACUUGCGCAGACAUCACCUAAUGGGUCACCUACUAAAAAUACCCCACAGCAACCUGUUCAAGAACGGGGUAUAAAAAGGGGAGGCAUACUUUCUCUUCUUGAUUCAUCAUCUGAUAUUGAGCCGACACCUAGUGGCCGAAGGAGGCCUCGGCUUAUUUCGCCCGGGUCGGAAGAUUGUGAUACUCCUCGAGCCCGUCCCGCGAGAACUGUGCUUGAAUUACCUUCAUCUCCGCCUGAAGGAGAGCUCACUCCAUCAGAGUCAGACGAUGAAUCACAAGAAGUCCGUCGUUUGCAACGCAAGACAGCGGGUGUACUUCCUGCCUCUUGGUGGAAACUCGAUAAGAAGCAGCAUCCUGGCUCAACGAAUGAUCCUCGCCGUGAUCGGAGAAGUUCAACUCCAGCACAGGAUCUCACUCCCCGACCUGGCGUAGCGAGAGCAAAGAUUACUUCUAGGCCAAGGUCUCCAGCCGGUGCCACUUUUCUCCCUAGUGAUGACUCAGAUGAUUCAGGCGGACCGGCGAAUAUACAACCUCAAGCGCCUCCUUCGGGCCGUCCGAGACUCCUUCAUCGCCAACGUCAGAUUGAGGUAAUCGAAAUUGAUGAUGUCGUAGAGGAUGAUAGAAUCGACCGUAUGCUUCCGGUAGCUCAGCGGAAUAGCGGGCCUAGAAAACGGAAACAGAGGGACCAGAACGGGCCAUCCCGAGCACCUCAGGGUAUGAGCGCUGGCAGGCCUGGUGGUGCUAGGAAUUCUGGGAGUGGUUCGCGCCUUCAGCAGCCGAGGAUAACAAACCAUCUAGGCACAUGGAGGAAGCCUACUAAAAGAAAACCGAAGGCCCCUCGGUUAGGGGUCAUAGAUGCGGUGAGGCAUCAUCGAACUACUAAUCCUGAGAUAUCUCCCCCAGCCUUUCUCAAGGUUGCCACUAGAAGUGCAAGGGGGAGGAGGUCAAAAGGAAGGCAAGACCCGUCAAAGAAGGUCUUCCGAUUGGACACUGCGGCAGACACGCAGGAGGUGCAGAGCGUUCUGAGAGAAUGGAGGGAAGGCACCAUAGCCAUCAGAGUACAUGAUUCCCCAGAUGAAGGCCCUACUGACGAUGCUCCUCCGGUGAGAUCACCGUCACCCACUAUGGACCAAUGCCCCGCUGGGGUGCUGGGCUUGGAUCUCGGACUUUCCUCAGUAGGAGCGAGCGCUUCCCGGCGACCACGACCUAGGCAGACUACUCUCACUAAUAUUAUGCGUACACGGCCGCUAUUGUGUAGGGUUAAUGGUGCCUAUAGCUUGCGUCAAAAGGGCCAAAUGCGAUUGAAUGUGACGGCUGCGCCAGCAAGACCAAAUGCCAUCACACAUCGGCCAUUUUUUAUGCCCGAGCCUGCACAGUUCGAGAAAGAUGAGCUACCGGGUAUCGCGUCCGCAAGACCCCGGAAAGUGCCUCGGCAGAGGCAACGACCAAAUCUGGCCGAGCUGUUACGGACAACAGCUCGAAGGCACCGCAACCUGGGAAGAUUUAUGGAUGAUGAAGAUUUGGUUAAUCCACUGCCAAUUAUACGCAGCGAUCCCAAGCCUGCCCCAGCUCCAAUCCCCAAGGCUGUGAAACCUCCUCGGUCCCGGCGAAAGCGUACGCCGAUGAGAGUUGAUGCUGAAACUAUUGAACGACGUCAGCCUCCUCCGGAAGAUCGAGUCAUCGUUGGUGAUGCGGAUGAUGAAUCGUCUCCCGAGCUAGCUCUAAACACAACCAUAGAUGAAAAGCCUGUACUUGCCGGAUUAUUGCCCUAUGGCAGCAAAUACACAUUAUCUUUCGAUGCAAUUCCACUCAAACCCGGAACAAUCUUCAAUAGUGAGACGUUCAUAGGAAAUGGAGGUUUAUCCAAAGCCUUGAAUUCCAAACUUCAGGCCUUCAACCACAGUAGCAGUUUUCGUUUUGGUAGUAAACUCGUUCGUUGGGCCGUUUACGAAGAUUCUAUGGCGACGGAGUUUGAGUCGAUCAUGCAGGAUAUCGCAGAAUUUGUAGAGAGAGCAUGUGAGGGGGGUGACAAUGUUGAGGCCCAUAUGUCGGCUGCUCGGACCUACUCGUUUUACGUCUUCUUCUCAAACUAUCUUUACCAGGUGAUAUCUUUCUCUGACUCCAUUGACCUGAUAUCUUUUGGUCAACGAAUAUUGCAGGCUAUCAAUGCAUCCUGUGACCGGGUCUUACCGGUCCUGGGAGGGAGCACACCUCUUAGUUUAAACGAGGCGUCCACGCGCUUGGCGGUCCAGCUCCAUGUCUUUGGCUUGUUGUUUGCUUUUCAGAUAUAUAAACUGGCGUCCGAGGAUCCUGAAGCCCGGGAGCGACUAGAGCUGAAUAGGACGAUCAGGAGACUAGGACAUCAAUUGCUUGGCUGCCUCUUAAGAUGCGGCUUUGAUGCUAUUAGGGAAUGCUACGAGGAUCAGCGAGUGAUCGCCAACUACGAGCGUGGGAUAGAUCCAAAGCACUACCUCGUUGAGUCCUGGGUUAUCGCGAUAUACGCAUUGGAUUCAGUUCACUAUCAGGAUAUUAGUUUUUGGCAACUGUUAAAUAACGAAUUGCGGCCUCUAGAAAUUGAGCGGGCUUUAGAUAUACGAAUCUUCGAGAAGCACUGGUGUAGAAUCUGGGCAAUCUUACCGCUAUACCAGUUCGAUGAGUUUGGAGCUGUCCAAGGGCCGGUGAGGGAUGGAAACCUCUCUGAGAAUUGGGCACUUUUGAGAGUUCUCAUUAGUCGACCUCUGAAAGUGUACAACGCAAAUGUGGCAGGGCAUUCUGGCACAAUCAAUGCCUACUGUAGGACACUAUAUGCACGAUGUCAUCACCUUAUUACGAAGUGGGGAUGGUUGAAUACCGAUAUUAUCAUUCCGGUACUUUACGAAUUCUUUGCGAGCAAGAGCUUAGCCAAUCUAAGGAACGAGGAGACCUCCGGCUCCCCGGAUUUCCUCCAAAAUCUCGACGGCAGUCCGUCUCUGCAAAUGCGGGACUCCGACCCUUGCUUCCAUCUGCUGUUGAAGAUUGUCGGCUUGGGCCUUCAUGCAAUGAGGGCAUCAACGCCAAUCAACAAGGUUGGGAAUCUUGUCAAUAGGCUGAUGCCAAACCACCGCCGCAAAUAUCCCAAGGAUGAGGAGCUCCAAGUAGAAAACCUUACCGCAUUGCGAAACCACCAUGACCUACUCUCAACACUUUGGUGGGCCUCUCCGCCUCGAUGCCGUCCUCCACUGGAGGCAAUCUGGUAUCUGGUGGACCCGGAUCUGUCGCAUCGGCAAGCUUGCAUCGUUAGUAUUAGAACCUGGCUGAAUCUUAUGCGCUUUCAGCUGCACAGCGGUGAGGAUCUGGGCUCCUUGAAGCCGUUCAUGCAGUGGUUCGACCACUUUACAAGCUCGGUCUUGAAUCAGCACCAUGCCGCACGGAGUGAGGCGGAAAGGCACUUUAACGCGGUAAAGGGGAGGGGUGAUACGGAGUUAACGGAAGACAUUAUGGAGGAUAACAUCCGCCGUAAUCAACAACAACUCGAGGGUACCCUUAUUGACGCGUUGAAGUCAUUGCGCACUGCACUAGCAGGAAUUAAAGGACAGACACAGAGCGCGACUAUAAUUCUCACAAAAGGUAUUUACCCCUGGUCGGUCAUUGUUGUGGUACAUAAACUAAGUAAAGGGCAGCCUCCACUGCGAAUGUAUUGAAUUCUUACGGCCGACUCUCGAAUAGACUGAUAUUCGAAGCUCUUGAUUUGAUCCAGCAGUAUUUGGUCGUUAUUAAGAGUGCCGACGAAUCCGCUGGUGUUUCCGUUCAAGCAAGUGAGGACAGCCAGGACUACGGAGACUGGUCGGGAUUCGACGAUAUCAUGAUUAGGGCUGAUCAAAAGGCAGCAGCUGAGGUAUGGGCCCAGGCUUCUAUUAUUAUUUUUCACAGGCGUUCAAUUAACAAUAUUAGCAAUUGUCCGUUACUGUAUACGAAGCAUUACAUAGGAUGCUCUCCAACUGCUUUGGUAGCGAUAUACAACCAGAAGAUAGUUUACUAAUCAAAACCGUUGAUACAUGGGCUCUAGUCAUUGGAUUUCUAGUCCGACACGGGCUGAAGGUAGGUUGGUGCUCUCUUGAUAAGGCCAAUGAUGCUAACUGAUCCGCCAGAACUGGGACGCAUAUCUUGAUCAAUAUAACCCAGAGUCAUGGGCAUCACUCCGUGACACGGGGCAGACUCGAAAGUUCACGGCGUAUUUCAUUCCGAAAGUGAUACAGUCGGGACCAGAAAUAUACGAGCCCAACAAGACGACGUUUAUAUCCUUCUGGUUGAAGACGUUAGUGGAAAGGGAGUCACUGCUCAAGUUCCAGAACGAGUAUACUGCGACUCUCCUCAACUGUGAUCCUACUAAUCCAAUUCUUGCAAACCCACCAUUCGUGCGUGACGAGGUGAAUGGAGAGUUCAAAAUCACCCUGGCCGACUUCCGAGCUCGACGUUUAUCUUUAAUAUCCAGUAAGUCAUACAACCUCAUCACUCCUGGCGCCCGAUUAACAUCCCCACAGCAAUCCUCGCAAACAUGCGGGAGAACUACGAAGAAACCCACGACGACUCUGCGCAACGAGCCCUAACGCUCAAACUCGAGUACUCAGAGAUGCUAAAAUCCAUGAUGAAGUCCAUGAAGGAGAUCUAUCAAGUACUAUGCCCGCACAUCUAUCGAUGCACCAUGGUUCUAAUGUAUGAGCAGGAAAUCCGAGCGAAAUCCGCCUCGGGCGCAUACGUCGAAUUUGUGCAGCAAGUGGUUGAGUACCUGCAGCAGCACUCGACCGACAUCGUGGCGAUCGACCGCUUCUUCACCGAUUCGAGUGUGUUCCCGCUGCCGUCCGCUGAUCCUACGUACGUCGUUGGUCGGCUCAAGAGUUACGGCCAGAAGCUCGCACACCAGCGCAUGCACAAGCAACUCACCAGCUUUUUCCAAUCCGUCUGUGAGCGUGCGGCGAUCGAUGGGCAGCAAGAGUACCUUGUUCACCAACUCACCACUGCGCUGUCCGGGGAAUUGGAAGUGGGCACGGCACAGAAGCCCAGCCUGCGGUCGCUGUUUAUGGAGGCGAUAUUCCCGGCGUAUAUCGAGUCUAUGUUUACUAACCCUGCGGGGUGGAUACUCUGCACGCCACUACUCCAAGCCACUGAGAAUAUACUUGCAAAGCUCUGGUUAGACGUAGACUCUACAAUGGAUGCUUGCGUCCAAUCCGUGGCAUCUAUGUUAACAGCCCUCCUAAACUCAAUCCACGCAUCACUAAGCAGACUCCCAACCCCGGAAAUCCUCUCUUCAUCGAUAAACACCGCAAUCUACACCUUAUUUCUAAAAAUCUUAACCCGCGCAAUCCCCCUCCUAGACACCAUCUCCCCAGCCCCCCACCACCCAGCAUACGAAACUGCGAAAAAUCUAACGACCCACGCCGCCGCCAUCCCGCAGCACAUCUCGAACCCAGCUAUCCCACUCCUCCCCCUUCCCUCUUCCCCCCCCGACCCGACCCCCGCUCCACUAACAAACACGAAGUCAACAACAAUUGCAACACUAACAAAAACCCUACGCACAGAGUGGAACCUGCAUAACGGGAUCUGGUACGUUACGCGGCCUGCCUCUCAGCGGGAAGUGCUGGCGCCGAAGCUUGGGGUGGAGAGGGAGGAAUUGGGAAGAGUCGUCGAGGGAUUACUUAGGGUUGCCGCGAGGAGUGAGUGGAUGGAGGGGUUGGUCAGGGGGUUGGAUUUGCGCGUUUGGAGGGAGGAGAAUAUGAGGGGCGGGAGGAGGAGGGAUGGAGCAAUUGGGGGGGUGUUUGUUUAGUUUAGGUUUCUGAUAGUGUAGUAUAUGGGUUUGUGGGGGAUUGUUGUGUAUUCGGUGUUUGGUUUGAAUGUGCUUUGGAUACUUGUAAAGUUGCGGGCACGGAUUUAGUAUGGCGAGGGUUAACUUUUGUUGGAGAUUCUUGUUAUGAUUGGGAUAGAUAUGGAUAGAUAGGGUAAUGCCAUGCAUGGCUUCGGACUUUGAGACAUCGUGAAUUCGGAUAUCAAUGCUUACGCGUGAUGAAUGCUAACAAAUGGGGAUAUGGUUUAGUGGUAUAAUACCUCUUUAGCAUAGAGGUGGUCCGGCGUUCGAUUCGCCGUAUCUCCAAUUUUUUUUCAGUCUUCGCUCUCGCGAACCGCCGGAUCUUACGCCAGAAUUAACGAGGAUAUAUUGACGCCAGUAAACAGAAAACACAGUAGUCAAGUCCACAACCCGUCCUCCCGCAGCAUCAUCCGUCACGGUCCCUCGCCGCCGACCCAUAGCACCCCCUAACUAACCGGUUCAGGCCUCUGCGAAAACAGUAUUUUCCACCUCACAAUCUCCAAAAUCUCCAACUCCUCCCCUUCCCACCCUCGGUCCUCGCCCCCACCGCCGGCGGAAUUGUCCCUCCUCUGCAGAACCCCGAACGGCGUAGCCAGCUUCUUCACCUCGCCUGUGAGCCGCUGAUGCCUACCGACAUAUAAGUGGACCCACUUGGAAGACGUUAGGUCGCCAUCUGGAAAGACCAGUCUGCCGACAGGGGUCUCGUAGCUCUGUUGCUGCGAGUCGGAGGCGGUGGUGGUGGGGGGCUGUGGUUGUUGGGGGAGGUUUAUGGAUCCUUGGAUUUCGAUGAUUGCGAGGCCGGAGGGGGUAUGCAGGAGCUGUGGAAGGGGGUUUGUUGGUGGGGGAGGAGGGGGUGAGAGGGGGGUCGGAUGGAGGGUUAUUGACGGCAUGUCUGUUUUUUUUGCUUGGUUUUGUUGUUGAGAAAGAGAUUGAAGAUUGGGGUGAAAAUGUGGUAAAGACAGUGAGUGAGUCGCUUAAGUCCCCCUUAUCGAUAACGAAAUCCCUAACCCUACCUACCUACACCUUCCCACCCUUCUUCUGGCGGAUAACUCCAUCCCUCUUAACCCUCUUCUUCUCCCUCUCCACCCCCCGCAAAAACCUGCUGACUGUCCUGACUCCCACCCCCACGACCGCUCCUGUUACCCCCGCCUCGUCCCAUAUCUCCCGCACCGACGCCCACGGCCACUCCUCACGGAUCUGCACUAGGCGUCGCCGAUCCUGCUCUCUCAGCCCCUUCUCCGGUUGUCCGGGUCGCGGACGGAGUUCUCGGUUGCUCUCCCAGCGCUUGACGAUCGUUAUGGCUUCCGUUUUGGAGACGUUGGUCUCCUCGGAUAUGCUUCGGUAAGAUUUUCCCUGUGCGCGCUUUGCGAUUAUGAGGAUCCGUUGAUCGAGGGUUAG